GAGAGUGAAUGUUGCAGAGAGGGAAGAUUCUCAAAUUAGUACACUGGCAGCUUUUGAACUGAUACUUUCUUCCGAUUCGACCAAUUUUCUUUCACUCUGAUCGUGCAAUUUUAUUUUCUUCUUCUCAUAUCUGAAAAAGUGAACUCUUUUCUUCGCUCAUUUCUGGUUCUUCUCUUCAUUCUCUAUCCGGGAAAAUUUGCAAGAAGUGUUGCAAUUUUGGCAGUUGCUGUGGAAAAGUGAUUAAUUUUCGCCAAAAAUUUGCCGUCUGUCGAAGUGUGGCUAAAUUUAGCGUCUCUAAACUUUUGAGUCAGGAAAACAGUCGAGGGGACAAAUGAGUCCCAAAUUGAAUGAAUUUGUGGUGAUUCUGCAGCGAGACGGCGCCCAAACUCCAUGGGGAAUCCGUCUCGUGGGUGGCAGUGACUUGGACACACCGCUGAUCAUCACAAAGGUCACACUGGGAAGUCCAGCGUAUGGCGAACUCGUGCGCGGGGACAUGAUAACAAAAAUCCAGGACUACGAUAGUCGCGACUUGAGGCACGAGGAUGCCCAGCAUCUCUUCAAGAAUGCCGGAAACAGGAUAAAAGUCGUCGUUCAGAGAAACAAUGUGGUGGCCAACCAGAGCCUGAGCAAUGGAUCAUCGAGAUGCUCAUCCACCGUUCCACCCUUGAGCCCAGUCUCACAGUCGCAACUCAGUCCAAUUCCAAACAGCCAGCCUUACAGACAUGUGUCCCCGGCCGGAGCGAGGCUUCAAUCCCCGUACGACUCGCUGCCCCAAACAGUAUUUCCACGUCUCAAUGAGUACGGGGGCUACGAAGCGCCCCAGCUGUCGCCGCGGCCACCGUCCAGCGCCAGCUUCUCGCCACAUCUCACCAGAGACUACCAGGCAGAGGCCCAGGAGGAGGCCAGCGUGAUCCUCAAUCAGCCUUACCGGACGACUCCGCUGAUCCUGCCCGGUGCCAAGGUGAAGAAGGACACCGGCCCAACGGAGUCCUACCUGAGGCACCACCCGAAUCCGGCUAUGAGGGGCCCACCUCACCAUGAUUUCCAGGAUGUGCUCAUGAAGCAGAAGGUGGCCGAUACUAUUCAUCGAAUUGUCGGAGAUGAUGGAUCAAAGGUUGUUCACAAGCAAUUCAACUCACCGAUUGGCCUGUACUCAGACAACAAUAUUGAGAAAACAAUUCACCAGACCGCUCCAAAUUCUGUACCAUCGAAUGGUUAUACUAUUCUCGAUCGGCCGAAACCUACAAAAAUUCAAGGAAUUUUCAUCGAUCUUUCUUUUCUGAAACAAAAACAAAAAAUUUUGGAGCAACAACAGCAACUUCAGCAUCAGCAACCAUCACCAUCAUCACCAUUUGUGUCUCAACACACAUCAUAUCCUACACAAUCACGAUUCUAUCGUGGUUUCACUGCUGCUAACGAUACCCAAAAUAAAACCAUCCCCACGUACUACAAUCCCUACAGCUAUCCGCAGAAUUAGGAUUGCCUGUCUGUUUUCAAACGUGAUCACUACUACUCAUCGUUAUUUAAUUAACUCUUCAAAUAUUUUGAAGACACUUUCACAAUAUGGUAACUUUUUGCUCCACUAACACAAUCAUUCUUGUCCUCGAUCAGACUGUUCCCAAAGCUACUAACAUAUUCCAAAGACAAAACAAAUUUUUGUUCGUUACUGUUACCUAACGUUGUUGAGUAAUGUGAUGUUACAAUGUUAAUCACUCGUUGACUAAUAAUCUUAAGGAUGAAAAAAAAGAAGAAAAUUUUAUACAAGACUAUAUGACAGAGAAAAGUUGUUACAAUAUGUUAUCUGUUUUAUUUUUUUGUUUAAGAUCAUCACCCAUUAUUCAUUUAGAUUUUUUCUCUUGUUAGAAAAUUCACUGAUAACUCUAACACUCAAUUGGGCACCUUUUUCUUUCUCUUUUUUUCUUGUCGCUCCUCCAUCCAAAUCAAAAAUUAAAAAAAUAUAUCAAAAAAUAUCAAAUAAACAAAAAUACCGCUAAAUAGCUACAAGAAGACCGUCCUCUAUGAUCCACUGAAGAGUGAAACAUACAGAGCAAUUCAGGAGGACACCUACGACGUAGGCAAUCCCCAUGAAGUGCCCCAGCCGGUGCAGACCAAAGUC